AUGGAAAUAAAUAAUAAUAAUAAAUUAGAAAGUUCUUCAUAUCAACAACGAAUAUUAAUUACUGGUAUUUCAGGUUUAAUUGGAAAUAUUUUAUUUAAUUAUUUAAUGAAAAAAUAUUCAACAAAAUAUGAAAUCUUUGGACUUGAUCAACAUUUGAAUAUGUCAAUAGAUAAAUUCUUUCAAUGUGAUGUAACUGAUAGAAUAAAAUUACAUAAAAUUAUUGAAGAACAAAAAAUUAACAUAAUUAUUCAUUUAGCAGCUCAACUUGAAAACUAUCCUGAUAUUGAAAUGAUAUCACAUGUUAAUAUUGAUGGAACAAAAAAUAUUUUUGAAGCUCCGGGUGUUCACCAUAUAAUAUAUGCAAGUACAAUAAGGACAGUUUUUGGUUAUCUUAAUUAUGAACCAUAUCUUUCAAUUCGUAAAGAAACUUUUGAUGAUAUAACAAUGUUAAAAAAUCUUCAAAAAUUAACUAUAUCAAAUAAUCCACCUUUACCUGAUACUCAAACAUCUGGUCAUGAAGUAUAUUCUCAAAGUAAAAUUAUUGGUGAACAAAUGGCUAUUGAUAUUGUUAAAAAUAGUUCAAAAUCUAUUAUUUGUGUUCGUUUUGGAUGGGUCAAUAUAGAUAAUCAACCAGGAAAUACAUGGUCUCGAACUGUAUGGUUAAGUCAUCGAGAUCUAUGUUUAUUUAUUGAUAAAGUAUUACAAGCUCCUGAUAAUAUUAGUGGUAUAUACUUUCUUACAUCGAAUAAUCAUCGUCGUUGGGUUGAUUUAGAUGAUGCUAAAAGAGAUUUUGAUUUUGUACCACAAGAUGGAGCUGAAAAAUUAUAA